UCUCUCUCAUACUUCACCUUUCUACAUAUCUAUCUAUCUAUCUAUCGCUUUCCAUUCCUCUGCCUCUCCCUCUCUCACAUCUCAAUCUCUCUUCAUACCUUUUUAUCCCUCUAUCUACCUAUUUCUCUUUUUCUCAACUCUUACAUCUCUCUCUCUCUAUCAUCUAUAUAUCUAUUUCUGUACCUACCUCUCAUUAUCUCCCCAUCUGUCUGCUUAGUUCUAUCUGUGUAUUUACCUAUCUUUCUCUAUCUUACUAUUCCUUCAUGCUCUCUCACUGUAUUGUUUUUCUCUACAUGGUUUAUGGUCAUUUUGCUAACUUAUAACAUUGACAUUUAUUGAUCUAACCAAUUUAAUCGACUGAUUCUCUUGUAGAGAGAUGUGGCCUGACAGAUGUUUCUGCCACAGUUACAUCAUCACUGCAUCUGUUGACUACACAUUAACUUAUAACACAGUCAUAAAUAUAAAGAGACCAAAGUUGUUACUUACUUACUUAGAAAACGGAUAUCUUUUCCACAAAACAAAAUGACUGGCCGAUGUCGGAGGAAUUUGAGCAUCAUUUCUUUGCAAGUGCACCUUUCUUUUUAUGUCCCUACUUACCCAUCCCCUAUUUCUUUCUUACUUUGCUGGCACAUCCUCAAUAUUGAUGACAAUACCUUGCCUAAGAUCUUUCACCAAAUGUUUGGGCCUUCAAGAUGUUCUGGUCGUUAAGGGACAAGGUUUAUCUAGGUCACUGCUAGAAAAACAUCCACCACCAGACCAGCAGGAAGACCAAGAGCUGACUCCAGAUUUUGAAGAAGGGUCCAGGUAUCAGUCGGUGAAAUCCAGCCCUAGCCUGAGUAAUGUAUCACUGAAAGAAGGCUCUCACAAUUUUACACGCACCUUAACUGGUAACACAACAGACAGAAGCAGUGUUGAUGAUCCUUUCUGGGGCAAUGAUGAAUCGGAAAAAAAAGCUGCUGGUAAAAUUCAAGUUUUGUUCAAUGAAAUCAAUGAAAUACUCUAUGAACAACAGAGACCCAUUGGUUCAUCUGACAUGUACCAUGAGUGUGAAGAAUGGAGCUUACAAUUCCCACAUCUCAGAGUACUUGGUCAACAAAUAUUUCCAUCUGAGGAGCAAGGAUAUGAUGCUGUACCACGCCUGCCUUACCAUGCAACAUCUACUGCCCAUCUCAUUGAAGAUGACCAGUCUUUUUCCAAUAGUUUCACACCUCUUGACUCAGAUCUUCAGUUGUUGAAUAUCACUGGUAAAUCUGCAGAACGGCUCAAAUCACAGUCUCAGACAUACAGUGGAUCACCAAGAGAUACCAGCAGCACACAAUCAAACCAAAUUGAUGCUUUUGAGGAAAUAAUUGAAAAAGAUGGAAAUGUCGAGGAGAUCAUUGCAAUAGACUAUCCAGAGAGAAUAGACACUCUUCCUGAUGGACAGAGACGCUGCCCAAAAUCAAGCCAUUGUUAUCGAACUGGUUACCCUCCCAUUACACCUCUAGCCUGUGUUCAAGAAAAUAUUGCCAGUGCAAUGUUUGACUACACAUGGAAUGAGGUAUUGGUCUGGAUGAAAAAUUUGCUCAGCAUGUACUUUGAAUAUGUCAGAGGUGUUGAGAAGGCCAUUCUUCUUCCUUUACCGACCUAUCGAGCUGAGAUUCACAACAUUUCUAGAGAAGCAUCGAGUAUGUAUAAUUAUCCAAAGGUCAGUCUGCCAACAAGGACACCAUCAUUUAUUACUAGCACUGCCAGUUGGAAACCACAGUCCCUUGAUGGUAUUCUUACUGUGAAACAGAAGGACAUAGUUGAAAGACCAGGUGCCAUAUUACAUGAUGGUUCUGACAUAAGUUUACCAACACCAAACUCUGUGGGCAGCAACUUCCCUCCACAAAACUUUAAAAUGUCACGUCCAGGCAGUGUAAAAUACAACCGGUUGAUAAAACCAUUGCGCCUAGCACCCCUCCACAAUGUUCAGGAAAGAUCAAGAACACCUUGCAUGGAUGAAGAAGUUUUAAAAGUGACAAAACUGAUGCCGGCAGGUAGUGAGAGUCUAUCUUCUCCUCCAAGUCUUUUAGGGUUUCGUAACGGAUGUCUUCCACCUAUUUGCUCGACAGUUUCCCUUGAGACACCUGUAGGCCGUCCUCAGCGGUAUGUGGGGGGUUCUAACAGCAAUCGUAUCAGCAGUGCAGUCGGAGACAAAGACAAGAGAAGUGGAUCCUUCCUUCAUAGGGAGAAAUCAGCACUCUCUGCUGAGGGACGCCCAAACACAACACGGUCUGAGACACCAUUCAGUACACUGUUGAUGCGUCGGUCCUCUACACCUCCUUGGCAACAGACUCUCAAUUCCAGCAGAGGGCAUUCACUGAUAGGUGGUCAAAAUGUAACUUUAGGAAUCAGUGGCAACAGCCUACAGCCUUUUGUCAGUGGAGAUAUCCAUUCACAUAUGUCUUUACCCCAAGAAGAUAUACCAGAAGCAGAUGAACUCCACCCAGAAAUUAUUUGUUCUUCAUGGGCUCCAGCUACAACCAGUAACAAACCCUUACGGAGAAACCAGCAGUAUAGUACUACAGUUCAAUCUUGAUGCUUGCAAUUCAGGGUCCUUACAACUCCAGAGACAUCAUCAACAACAGCAACAUAUGCAGGGAUGAAGAUCCAAAACUUAUGUUGCUUACACCAUUCUCCAACUAUUGUAACUUUCAGCAAAAUGUACAGAGUUUUUGUGGGGUUUUUUUUUUUAUCUAUCUUUGUCUCUUUUUUUAAAGAGAAACUUUUUGAUUAAAUCAAUAACAACGACAACAAAUAAAUACAAAGCACAUUCAACUAAUCAUAACCAUCACUGAAGCAAUUAAUUUUUUUUUUUUUUCUUGCUCUAUAUUUUUACAAACAUCUUCAGUACCAUUGUUUCCGUCCAACAUACUCACACAAAGGCACAUGUACCUGUGUGUUUAUCAAUAUGUAUAUACAUUUAAGUGUGUGUGUGUAUAUAUAUAUAUAUAUAUAUAUAUAUUAGUGUAUGUGUCCAUGUGUGUAUGUCUUUAUAAAUGUAUGUUUGCAUGUGCAUACCUAUAUAUGCAUUUAGGUACAUUUCUGUAUGUGUGUGUGUAUUUACCGAUAUGAAUGAGUGUGUUUACUUAAAUGAAUGAAAGAUUGUAUGUAUGCAUGCAUGUAUGCACACACACAUAUACACAUGCACAUACACACACACCCAUUGAAUACUAACACCAGAUGUAGAAAUUGUCUAAACUAAUGCCAACAUGAAAGUCCAUAUGAAAAUCAUUGGUUAUGUAGAAUAAGCAAUAAAAGAAGAAUCUAUUAUUAUAUUUUAA